AGACCCACACAGAUAUUCUAGACAUCUUAACAUCAUGGCAUAGAGGCAAUGUGUUGACAGAACGAGUUAUUCUAGAUAUCUUAACAUCAUGGCAUAGAGGCAAUGUGUUGACAGAACGAGUUAUUCUAGACAUCCCAACAUCAUGGCAUAGAGGCAAUGUGUUGACAGAACGAGUUAUUCUAGACAUCCCAACAGCGUGGCACAAAGGCAAUACAGUGACAAAAAGAGUUAUUCUAGACAUCCCAAUAGCGUGGCAUAGAGGCGAUGUAGUGAGAGAAAGAGUUAUUCUAGACAUUCCAAAAGCGUGUUAG